UCAUGUCGAACAGUUGAACAAUGAAACGAAACAUUUUAUUUAUUUUCUUUUCUACUUUAUUAUAUUCUCCUGUCCUCACAGAAGAUUACUAUGAACUCUUAGGAAUUAGCAGAGAUGCUAGCAACAAGGAAAUCCGGAAAGCAUUCAAGAAAYUGGCAUUAAAACUUCAYCCUGACAAGAACAAGGAAGAUCCUAACGCACACGAAUCGUUUUUAAGAAUAAAUAGAGCGUACGAGGUUCUUAAAGARCCAGAUCUUCGCAAGAAAUAUGAUACCUAUGGAGAAGAGGGUCUUAAAGAAAAUCAUUUUAGCAAUCAUUAUCAAAGCUGGAAUUAUUUCAAUGAAGAAUUUGGACUAUAUGAUGAUGAUUCAGAAAUUAUAACACUUAGUUAUUCAGAUUUCCAAUUAUCUGUUGAUGGAAGUGAUGACAUUUGGUUCAUAAAUUAUUAUUCGCCUUUCUGUUCACAUUGCCAUGACUUGGCACCUACAUGGAGAGAAGUGGCMAAGGAGCUUGAAGGUGUUAUUAGAAUUGGUGCAGUAAACUGCCAGGAAGACUGGGCUCUUUGUCAACAACAAAGAAUUCAAAGUUAUCCAUCUCUUGUAUUAUAUCCAUCUCAACAUUUAUAUAGAGGACAAAGAACAGAAAGAGCUUUAAUUAGAUUUGUCUUGGAUGCWUUAGAUGCUAAAGUAGUGGAAUUAACAAAAGAUAAUUUUAAAACAGAGACAUCUUCUUCAGAYCUACAAUGGUUAAUAGACUUUUGUGAUCCAUCUGGAGAUUGUCUAUUAGCUGAUACUAAACUAAAACUUGCAUCCAUAAUGGAAAAUUUAGUUCAAGUUGGUUCUGUAGAUUGUUCACAUGAYGAAGGCUUGUGUACUUCUCUUGGUUACCAUGGUCAACUUGUAUAUUUUAAAUCAAACAGUUUACAAGCUCAAAAGGGCAUAGUUAUUAAAAGCUUAGAAACACAUGAUAUAGUCCAGCAAGUUCUAAAGUUAAUGCCUGGCCCACAAAAUAUAGAUAACUCUAGAUUCCAGGAAAUUUUAGCAAACCUAGAAACUGGUGAACAACCAUGGCUGGUUCAUUUUGACAGAGGAAGUGCUGCUGGGUUAGAAAUAAAGAAGAUACCAGGAGUUUUAAAUGAUAUGAAGGUUGGCCAUGUUGACUGCUCGAGUUCAAAGGAACUCUGUGAUUCACUUCAUGCCACUAAGUAUCCAAGAAUUGCUUUGUUUAAAAGAGGUGGUUUUGAGUGGCAUCAUGGUCGUUUUACUGCCCAUGAUAUAGCUGUGUUUGCCAAGGAGAGUGCAGCAUCCAAUGUACAGACUCUUGGUCCAGAUGACUUUCCUGGUGUAAUAACCCCCAACAGGCCUUUCUUUGUCGACUUCUUUGCCCCUUGGUGUCCACCAUGUAUGAAACUACUGCCUGAGUAUCGAAAGGCUUCUCGUUCAUUCAUUGGAAAACGCAAYAUUGGAUUUGGGACUGUGGACUGUACUGUUCAUGUCAAUCUAUGUCAUAUGUACAAUAUCCGCUCCUACCCGACAACCAUCCUGUACAAUAACACGAUACCCAUACAGUUUAGUGGGCACCACUCUGCAGGUGACUUGAUUGACUUUGUUGAGAACACCCUGAGCCCGUCGGUCGUUGACUUGAAUCCUGAAACAUUUCACUCACUGGUCAGUCAGCGAGACUAUGGCGACACAUGGCUUGUUGACUUCUAUGCACCUUGGUGUGGUCCUUGUCAGGAACUGAUGCCRAAUUGGAAUAAACUCGCCAAGCGUUUGAAGGGAGAUGCUCACGUUGGAUCCGUAGAUUGCGUUAAACACCGGUCGUUCUGCUCGCAGCAGAACGUUCGCUCUUACCCAACAAUCCGUCUUUACUCACACAGGAGCACUGGUUCUUGGGAUUAUGUAGUUCAUCAAGGAUGGCGUGAUGUGGAGUCUCUCUAUAUCUGGGCGUACCAACACUUACCCUCGAUAGUCACGGACGUCACUAGUGAUGUGUUCUUUGGUGAAAUACUCACUAGUGAAGAGCCAUGGCUGCUGGAUUUCUAUGCUCCCUGGUGCGGCCCUUGUAUGCGGUUUGCUCCUAAUUUUGAAAGAGUCGCAAAGAUGCUUGGUGAUAAAGUUAGAUGCGGGAAAGUCAAUUGCGAACAAGAUUAUCACGUUUGCCAUCAAGCUGGCAUUCACUCGUAUCCAUCAGUCAGGCUGUACCUUGGAGCGCACAAUGGGAUGUCUCAGUCCAUGGAAGGGGAAGUUUUCAUAGAGACUCAGCAUCCUGAUCAAAUUCACGAGAUAGUGAAGAGCUCUUUAGAAGAUAGAGAAGAGAAAUACGGUUCUAUGUAUGGCAAAGAUGAGAACGAACAAAAGCUUAUGCAAGAUAAAUUUGACGAAAAGGAAGAUAUCCGACAUGAAAGCGAACCAGAUGAGCGACUUGAACGAGGUUCUGGCGAUGACAAAGAAUCCUCUGGAGAAAAAGACGAKGAAAAAGAAGAACUUGAGCAAGARCAACACGAGAGUGAAAUGGAGGCGGACAGAGAAAUAUCUGAAGAGAAAGAUGAAAARGACGACAAUGACGAAGGAGACGAAAGAGAAGCCGGAGAAAGUCACAAAGACGACGACGUGGAAAUGAAACAUCCAAUCCAUGAUGAAUUCUAACAUGGUACCAGCGCUGGCUGACUGCGUUCAAAUAUUAGUAGUAUAAACCCGCAACGAUAAAGUAUCACAACUAAAAGACAAAUUAUUACAAGUUUCAACCCAUAGAUAUCAAAAAAUUAUUGAAUUGUACAUAGACAUUAAGGGAGGUUUUUACGUGACUGACUGGUUUACAAGUCACAAUUCCUAGUCCUGAUGUUAAUACGGUUUUAAAUGUAUAUUUUGCUACAUAAAAAAAUAUUAAAAAACAAAAUAG